UCCUGUGAAAGAGCACGCGCUCUUCUCAACAAUGUCGACCACCAAAACACAGCAGCCGCGCCGCGCGCCUCGAUCCGUCACAGCGCGAGCACAACCGAGCAAAUGAAAGCGAAAUCUCAUCGCGGUGCGACCAGGAACGUUUAGAGCGGGACAUGGCUGCUCAAGAACCCUCCCCCCCGUCCUCCAUGGAGAACAACAAGCCAGGGUUCCCAAAGAAGAUCCUGGCCAACAAACUUGAAGACAAACAUUUAUGCAACUGCUGUCAGAACAUUUUGAGAAGGCCGUUCCAAGCUCAGUGCGGUCAUCGCUUUUGUUCUUACUGCUUCAACCGGGCUGUUGGAUCUGGACCACAGAAAUGUAAUGCCUGUAUCAAGGAGGACAUCUUCGAAGAGCCCACGUCAAUUCUCAAACAAGGCUGCGCGUUUCCCGACAAUGCUGCCAGAAGAGAAGUUGAAAAUCUUCCAGCUGUGUGCAUCAACGAGGGCUGCGCCUGGAAAGGCAGUAUUAAAGAUUACGAGUUGAGCCAUGAGGGGAAGUGUGAGUUCAUGAUUCUGUCCUGUACCUUGUGCAAGGAGCUCAUUAGAUUUAACGAACAGGAACGUCAUAAUGAGCGUGUGUGUCCUGAGAGAACGCUUAACUGCAAAUACUGUAAAGAACCAUUUCACUUCAAAAACAUCAAGGCCCAUGAUGAGAUCUGUCCCAAAUAUCCUAUGAUUUGUGAAGGAUGUGCGAAGAAGAAAAUCCCCAGGGAAAAGUAUGUUGACCACAUCAAGUUCUGCAGCAAAUUCAGGACUCCGUGCAGAUAUCAUGUGGUUGGCUGUGACAUGUCAGUGGAGAAGGAGAAGAUCCACGAUCACGAGCGUGCCUGUGCUCACGAACAUCUAAACCUGCUGUUGCACUACAUCAUGGGCAUGAAGGUCAGUCUGGAGGGCCUGCAGCCACAAAGCCUGGAGCUGGCGGGUCACAAAGCUCACGAGCUUCACCAGGUGCUCCGAGACCUGGAAGCCAGAGUGAGUCAGCUGAGCGCCAUCCCCGUGCAGGGGGUUCCCUCCUCUUCGUCUUCGUCCUCCUCCUCCUCCUCCGCGUGUGCCGUCGCUCCUCCACCUCCUCUGCCCACGUCCUUCACGCCUCUGCCCAGCUCGGUCGGCGCCGCCCUGGAACUGCAACUCCACAGCGAGAAGACCAAGGUGGCAGAUCUGGGCCGGCGCUGCCAGGACCUGGAGGUGAAGGCGGGGACGUUUGAAGAUGUGGUGUGUGUGCUGAAUCGAGAAGUUGAGCGCUUCGCCACCACCAUGGAGGCCAGCAACCGACAACACAGACUCGAUCAGGACAAAAUCGAGGCUCUUAGCAACAAGGUUCGUCAGCUGGAACGGCAGGUGGGUGUUAAAGACCUGACUGUUGCUGAAAUGGAGGGCAGACUACGGGAGAUGUCCGCAACCACGUUUGAUGGCGUCUUCAUCUGGCGGAUUUCAGAUAUUACUAAAAAGAGACAAGAUGCCAUUGCUGGACGGGCGCCCGCCAUGUUUUCACCUGCAUUUUACACAAGCAAGUACGGCUAUAAGAUGUGCCUGCGCAUUUACCUGAACGGGGACGGGACGGGUCGUGGGACUCACCUCUCGCUGUUUUUUGUGGUCAUGAGAGGAAUGAGCGACGCGCUGCUCAAAUGGCCCUUCAACCAGAAGGUCACACUGAUGCUGCUGGACCAGAGCAACCGAGAGCACAUCAUCGACGCGUUCCGUCCCGACAUCACUUCCUCCUCGUUCCAGAGGCCCGUAAGCGAGAUGAACAUCGCCAGCGGCUGCCCGCUUUUCUGCCCGCUGUCCAAGCUGGAGGGCAAGAACGCGUACAUACGGGACGACACCAUCUUCAUCAAAGCCAUCGUGGACCUCACUGGCCUUUAGGUUUUCUCCUCCACAGCAGGAGGUUUAUUCCACGACGUCUGUUUGGACACGUUUCCCUGCAUGUGUUAGGCCGUCACAAACGUAGUCCCAGGAAGGGUCAGUAGAGCUCUAUAACAGGAAAAAGGGGUGUGAAACACUGGAAUUGAACGUGAAGUCCGGUCCAGUCACGUAGCGUAGAGUUCAGACUUUUUGCAUCACGGUAAAACGCGUUCAACGAGUAUUGGUCACAGUAGAACGAACAGGCUGAUUAGCAGUUUGCAUGAAAUCUUUCUUUUUCAUUGGUAAGUGGGUAAACUGUGCACACUGCUAAACUGUUUUGGAGGGUCAAGGGGGUUAUAAUUGUCAUACAAGAAGUAUAGUGAGGGUCUUCAUUUAAUCGGUGUUUGGCUACAUCUGUGGAAGAUAGUUUGAAGUUUUUAAAGGUACAAAUCUUAGCGUAGGUGUCUGUGAAAUGGUCCUGAGCGGGAGUCACGAAGUUAUCGCGUCGCAUUUUGUAUCUUUUUUAAGAAGCUACGACGAGUCUCGUUAUUACUUUUGUAAAUAGGAAUAUUUAUACAGUUUACUUGGUACAUCGGGAGCUUGAGUUUAUGGUGUUUGCCGGCUUCAUGGUGUGCCAGUUUGUAUUUUAUUCCUUUUAAAUCGUUCUUCUCACUGCCGAAUGACGUACGAGGCAGUUUGUGUGUUUUCUAGGCUGAAUUGAAGCUUUUGAGAUGUUUACACAGGACCAAGCUUUUGCUAUACAGUCGUCUUUUAUAUUUGGCGAGUUAACCCUUUUAAACCAGUUAUGACAACUAUUGAAACUUCUCUGUGCACGGGAGGCCUCAAUCUGCAAAUGCACAUGAUAUUUUAUGAUCACAGACAGUUUUCUCAUCCAGUGAGUGACGACACCACUGCAGACACAUAUUUAGAGAUAAAUGAAAUAAAUAUUAAACGUAAUGAUUAUUUUAUACGACACACUGCUUCUAGCAGAUAUUCAUACUAUAUAAGCAAUCGAUAUGUAUCUUUAUAUAUAACCAUAAACUCUCAAAGCGAGGGAUCUUUAUACAGGAAAUGUAUAUACAGUUUACAUCUAUUUUAUUAUAUUUAAUGCAUAUUAUUUACAUAGCUGUACAUGUGCAGUCAUGGUGGUUUAAAACUAAUUUUAACUUCUUCUUAGUAAAUCGUCAGAAAUACAAAUUAAUUUGUACAUGCGAUGCCUUGUGAUAACUUGAAUCCGAUCACUUGAUGCGAUAUCUGAAACUGCAAUACUGAGAAAGCUCAACUUUAGGGCAUUUAUUAAAAGGGACAAAAUAGAUGGUACCAGACAUUAACAAAAGAUAUGUUAUACUGUGUUUCUGUGACAUUAUUUGUGCCAAAUAUCCAUAGUGAAGUGCUGUUAGAGUUAAUAGAUGAUGAUACGUCCUUUAAUGAAAACUGAUUGAAUGUAUGUCAAACUCAAAAUGUGCAAUUUUAUAAAAACAAAAACUUAGUGUAUACUGUAUUAUUUCGUCCCCUUUCCAUUUUAAAUAGAAAUUUGUGACAAGUGAAAUUUCUUGCUAAUUUUUUUUAUUAUUAUAUUACAAUGCUAAUGAUAUACCCCCAAAUUUGUUGGUAAAAAGUUUAGAAAUGUUGCGCAUACCAAAUAAAUUAAUCCCAGAUUUUCAUUAAAAGUUGAUUCUGACAGCUCAAUAGUUUACCUGUUUAGAAAGACGUUUUUCCUGUACCCAUUUCUUCUUUUUUUUUUAAUUUUAUCCUAGUAUGUUUCUAUGUAUGAUGCAAAAAUUGUCAUAAAACAUUCACAUUUCACAAACCUUGA